AUGGCUCCUCAGUUGAAAAAAACAAGAACACCCACCAAAUCUAAGUCUGCAAAAUCUUCUCAAAUGCCAACUCAGCCAACCUUUAGUAUUUACGAAACAACGUAUGAAUCCAAUCAUCAUGGAGCUCAACUAUCGGAAAACCUCAAACAAUCACUGCACAAGAGAGCUCCACUGAGUACCAAAAUUACCUAUACAGCAGAUCAUAAGGAACAUCACUUGAACGGGACCAUCAGUAGCUGCCAACCUGUUGGAUUUAAUCCCGAAAAUGAAACGUACAAAUUGUUGCAUCCUUCCAUCAAGUAUGCUUCCGAAACCAAAUCGUCAUUUACAACUCCCGUACUCGCUCCAAAUAUCGAAGAAAAUUAUGCCCUCAACACUCAAAAAAUUGAAGAAAUGCAACAAGAGAUGAAAUAUACAAUGGCCACUCCAAGUGACAGCUCAGAAAUUAAGGAACUUAUGGGUCUGUACAGCACCACCACAAAAUCUAACCAUGACAAAACAAAACCCUUUUCAACUGCAUCAAGUCAAACUAAGGCCAUUGUAUUUCGAGACGCCCAACAACGUGGAAAAGUCAAAACAGGUGUAAAAUCUUUUGCUCAUACUGUUGACAUGAGUGUUCCACCUCCAAGUGUUUUGAAAGACGAUUUGAGAAUUAAGGCCAAUGUUAUUCCUCAAUCAUUUGCUCAUACCAGUAAUUUUGGUAUGUCACCAACAACAAAAGAGCAUUUCAAUCCCAUUCAUGAAAAGCAUGAAGAAAGUCAUGAGCUCAAGUUGUCAUCGAGCUCCAGAGUUGCCAUGAAUCAAACAAAAACGGAAGUGGUUGGCCAGACCAAUGCGAGUGAGCAAAAAUCCAAGUAUGUGGCAUACCCAAAAAGUGAAUACGUAUCCCAUGCUAAAACUUUUUCAACCCCUCAAGUAUUUACCUAUCGCAAGGAUGCAGUGAAUGGAGUACCAUACUCAAAGCCUGUUAAACCCACACUUAUUCAUGAAUGA